AUGUCUGUCUGCUCCAGCAACCUGAGUUACGGCAGCCGGGUCUGCCUGCCGGGUUCCUGCACUGGCUCCUCCUGGGAGGUGGACGACUGCCCAGAGAGCUGCUGUGAGCCCCCCUGCUGCACCCCCAGCUGCUGUGAGCCUUCCUGCUGUGCCUCAGCACCAUGCCUGACCCUCGUCUGCACCCCAGUGAGCUGUGUGUGCAGCCCCUGCUGCCAGGCAACCUGUGAGCCCAGCCCCUGCCAGUCAGUGUGCACCAGCUCCUGCACGUCCUCAUGCUGCCAGCAGUCUAGCUGCCAGCCAGCUUGCUGCACCUCGUCUCCCUGCCAGCAGGCCUGCUGUGUGCCCGUCUGCUGCAAGCCCGUGUGCUGUGUGCCCGUCUGCUGCAAACCUGUAUGCUCAGUUCCUAUCUGCUCUGGGACUUCCUCUUCGUGUUGCCAACAGUCUAGUUGCCAACCAGCUUGCUGCACCUCGUCUUCUUGCCAACAGGCCUGCUGCGUGCCCAUUUGCUGCAAGCCCGUGUGCUGUGUGCCCAUCUGCUGCAAGCCCGUGUGCUCUGUCCCUGUCUGCUCUGAGGCUUCCUCUUCCUGCUGCCAGCAGUCUAGCUGCCAGCCAGCUUGCUGCUCCUCCCCCUGCCCACAGGCCUGUUGUGUGCCCGUCUGCUGCAAGCCUACCUGUUGCAGACCCUCAUCCUCCGUGUCUCUGCUGUGUCGCCCUGUGUGCAGACCUGCCUGCUGUGUGCCUGCCUCCCCCUGCUGUGCCCCUGUCUCCUGCUGCCAGCCCAGCUGCUGCCGCCCAGCCUCCUGCAUAUCCCUGCGCUGCCGCCCUGCCUGUGCCCGCCCAGCCUGCUGUGGCCUCUCCUCAGGUCAGAGCUCCUGCUGCUGA